UAUCACCUUAUACUCCUCGUAUUAAGCUUAAUAAGGUAUGUCAAUUAUAUAGAGAUAUUCAGUUUGUGCAAACUUCAUUUUGGUUUUCCUCUCUUUAUGCUAUCACAAGCAUUUAUGAAGUCAAUGAAAAGAUGAUCCAUAGGUAACUUGUAUUCAUGACAUCUCUCCAGGAUGAUCAAGGAGAACUACAACAUCAGAUCAGGUUGGCCAAACCAGUAGCAAUUUAUGCUCCCAACAUGAAUGAAGAACAAAAAGAAGUAUUUGAAUCAUUUCCAAAAAUGAAGCUUUUGCAUUGGCCAUUACAAGAAUUGUUGAAAGAUGAAAGGUCGACAGAUCGAGAAAAUUCAUCAAAAAAUGAAUUUAACAAAAUAGCUCUAUUGCUUUUUUCCUCUGGUACAACUGGUCUACCUAAAAUGGUAGCAAUUAAUCAUUCAAAUGUUGUUAUCUCAGUAGAAAAAUUAAGGUGAUUUAAAAUUUACUCCUAAAAAUUUGGAAACAUUCAUAUAAAAAAUAAAUAAGUAAAUAAAAAAUAGUGCACUUUGGUUUUUUAAUAGUUAUUUCAAUCAUUCUGGGUAUAUAAAUUAUGACCAAUACUUUGUGUUUUGCAAUAGAGAAAAAAGUUCAAUCUUUGUAUUACAAGAGCAUUAUAAUAUAGAUAUAGACAAUAUUUGAAAAAUUAGUAUUAAUCUCUUGGAUUUCAAAUAGAGAAGUUAUGUUAUAUAAAAUAAUAAUGUAAUACCUCAAUGUGUAAAAAUAAUUAUAAAGAAAUCCAUGCUUCCAUUAUUUUAAGGACUUUACUCAUGUUGGAUAAUGAAAGAGCUCUGGGUCAAUUGCCGUUCUUUCAUGCUUAUGGAUUGGGUGUGUUGCUGAUGGCACUCUGUCAAGGCACAACAUUAAUUCUUAUGAAGAAAUACAUACCAGAACAGUUCUCUGAUAUUUUUUCUACUUAUAAGAUAACUCACUUCCAUACAGUUGCAACAUUUCUUAGAAAACUAAUAGAUGGUAGUACUGAAUUAGAAAAGUUGAAAUCAUUACGUUACAUAUUUACAAGUGCUUGUGCGGCAGAUCCGAAAUUGCAAAGUGAGGUUCUUAACUCCCUUAAAAAUAUUAAAAUGUAUCAUAUGUUUGGAAUGACAGAAACAACUCAUGUUGUCACUUAUCAAAGGGUGAAUCUUAACAGGGCUGGAAGUAUAGGAAGGAUAUUGCCUUUCAUGAAAGCUAAGGUAAUAGGAGCUCAAGGAGAAAAUGUUGGAAAAGAUGUCAUAGGAGAACUAUGUUUAUCUGGUCCAACUGUCAUGGCUGGAUAUUAUGGAAAUAAGGAGGCAACAGAAGAAGCAUUCACUGAGGAUGGGUGGCUGAGAACUGGUGAUGUAGCGAAAAUUGACAAUGAAGGAUACAUUUACAUCAUAGACCGCAUCAAAAGUUUGAUAAAAUUUCAUGGCCAACAGGUAAAUAUUUCUAACUAUCUUGUUUAAUAAUUUUAAUUUACCUCUGAAUAAUAUCAUCCAGGGUGUAGCGCAAUGUCUCUUACAGACAUAAGCAGCUAAUAGUUCUGAGCAGCUUUCCUAAUAAUAGGUCUGGUUAACCAAUUAAAUAUAUAAGUGAGGAGAAAGUCAAGAUAUAAAAAAGUCUGACAGUUAGGUCAGUAGUUUCCUUAUCAUUUAUGAAGGGUACUUAAGAAGAAAAAGGAAAAAUUUUUGAUUCCACAAACUGAAAUUUUCUUUGGACCACUUUGUAAGUUUUCUUCAGGGUAAAUGAGGACCGGUCUUUUGCAACAAUGAGAAAUGAUUAAUAGAUCUCUUGGAUAUCUUUUGAAUGCUUUUGUUGUAUUUCUAACAGCAUGUGAUAGAUACCAAAAAGAAAGGAUAAGCCCACAUGCCAAACUUCACUGGACUAUAUAUAUAUGGAGAUUAUAAGAGCCCUGAGUGCAAAGAAACAUAAAUAAACAUUAAUUUAAAAACAUAAAUAUAUUAUACAAAAAUAAGUAUUCUCUAAUCACUAAUUUAGUAUUUUUUUGUUUUUGUUUAAGAUUUAUUGGUUAUGAAUAGAAACUCUAUCAAUAUUAAAUGUAUUUGUGAAAACACCUCUUAUUUUUCAAUAUAGUUGCAUUCCUAUAUAGAUUCUCAGCCAAUAUUUAGAGAAACUCUUAUUUGUGAUAAAUCCUGAACAGAAGGAAAUCUUUUUUUUUAAUCAUUUAAGAGCAAUUGGAACCAUUUUGGUUAGAAAAUCACAACACAUAUAGCCUAGAUUAGAUGUUUGUUUAGUUGGCUUUCAUAUCAGGGCAAAGGAUAUGAUUUGAUACAUCUUCAUCCUCGAUUUAUCCAGUCCUAAAAUGAAUAACUGGUAGAAGUUAGGUACAAAACCUUGCAAUCGAUAGGUUUUUAAUAGAAUAUCAUGCAUGUUUCAACAAUGAAAGAAAUGUCUCUAUUUUCCUUAAUUUUAAGAUUAAUAACGAUUUUUUACAUUUAUUAUGCUUACAGUGCAACGUUUACUUUUGUUGAAAGACAAUAGAAAAAUUAUCAUGGCAACUGUUGUGAUAAGAUACCAGGCAUUAAUCUUUGGGUGAGUGGCCUCCAAUAAGCUGAUGGAACUAACCGAUCCUCAAGGAUGUUUAGUAAUCAGUAGCCUAACUAAGCAUUGAGGCAAACAUGCAAAGGUCACCUAAGGCCAAUUAAUAAGUAUUUUUUCAUCAGAUAUUUAACAAUAAAAAUAUUAAUUACUAAAUAGCUAUUAAAACUAUUAAUGACAAUUACAAAGGUUUAUAAAUAAUAAAAUAAUUGUACAUUUCUUAUAAUAAAAAUUGUUUAUUUCAAUAAAUUGAAAUCAAACAAUAAACUACUGUGCAAAAUUAGCCACCUCUUCUGGUAGCCUCUUUGAGUCUUAAUCUUCAAAAAAUUUCCACUAAUUUGGCAAAAUUAUACUUUUGGACUCUUCAUUUUGUAUUCAUAAAAACUCAGACUGCUAUAUGCAUAUGAACCCACAUUACUUCUCAAAUAUAUUUUUAUAUACUUUAAAGAAUGAAUGAGGUGGAGGAAAAAUGUUGGGAGGAAACAUAAAAAAGCUGUCAUAAAUGGUAGUCUGAAUGAAUUGCUAAUACAAAUGGCAACACAAAUAAUAAUCUAACAAUGUAAUGUCUGUAUUUUUAUUUAUUUUCAAUUUUUAUCUAGAAUUGUAUCAAUUUUAUAUAUAUAUAUAUUUUUUUUUUUUGAGAUUGUUCUUUCAACAAAUUAAACAAUUAAACUUUUAUUAUUUUCAAAUUCCGGUUUUCCGAUAUCCCAAGGCAUUGCCUAGGUGUUACAUAGGCCUAUGUUAGUAACCAAUGGGAUCAUCCUCUUAGCCACGCAGUCGUCCAUUUAAAUAGUGGCCAAGUUGGGCUGUGCUGAAAGUUAGUAAAUAAAGCUAAUGCACCAGUCCUCCACGCUAUUCCCAAUUACAUAAUAUUAUUAUUAAAACUCAAAAAAACAAAAAUCACUCUUGGACACCAACCAAACUGCUCAGCAGUGAAUAGACUAAUUUAAACUUAUAUAUGUUUUAGAUAUCUCCUAUAGAAAUAGAACAAGUCAUAACUCAGAUAAAAGGAGUCUCAGAGGCUGCAGUUGUGGGAGUGCCAGAUGAAAGAUAUGGUGAAGUACCAAAAGCCUACGUAGUAAAAGAAGAUGAUACAGUCACAGAAAAAGAUAUAAAACAAAUAGUUGAACGAGAGCUAGCUUAUUACAAAUGGUUGCGAGGAGGAGUCAAGUUUGUUGAAUCUUUGCCGAAGACACCACUACUUAAAGUAAUUAAAAAGAAUUUAAUUGAAGAAGAACAUAAGAACAUAUCUUAGUCCUAUAAAAAAUCACCAUUGACGAAAACCUCUCCUGGAAACCCCAUAUCGCCCUCAUCUCCCGAAAGUCAAUAGAUACCCUUAAGUUAUUUCAUCGCUCCCACCACCUACUCCCACAGCCCCAUGUUUUAUUUUUUUGUUUACAAUUGUUACUCAUAAGGGAUCUCCUCCCAGAAUAAAGUUUAUUUUCUAUCUAUCUAUCUAUAUUUGCCUAUUACUUUAUUACGACAAAAUCAAGACACAAAAAUACAAAACUUAUCAUUUGUUCUGGAUUUAUAUUGAGCAAUAAAUAAUGGAAUUAAUAUAAAAAAUAAUAGAAACUAAUAAAUUAAACAUUUCAAAAUAUAGAAGUAAAAAUCUGGUGUGUCUACUCACACGAUUUUCCUACCUAUUUCAGAAAAGUUUUUAUAUCUCUCCAUAUGUUCAUGAAGAAAAAAAAAAAAUUGAAUUAGAUACAUUUUCCUGAAAAUUGAUCAAACAUAAGAUUUGAGUACGAUUUAUUUGAUAAACUAAAGCAAUGUAAACCGGUUUAAGGUAGGUAAUUUCUGUUAAAAGUAGAGGAAAUAGUGAAGCUUGUGUGAUGCAGGCAACAGAUUUUCUUACUUUCACUUAGUAAUCUUUAUUCUCUCAUUCACCAUUUUCUGACACUAGGAUAUGAAACCUAACAUUGAAU